UUUGUAUUUGUGUGCGUUGUUUUUUUUGUUUUCUUUCAUUUGUUUGCUUAUGUUUAAAAGUUUAAAAGAAAACAAAAAAAAAGCAAAACCAAAUCAAAAAUUAAUAAAACCGCAAAUCAAGCAAAAGAGCGCGCGUUAUAAUUUGCGGAAAAAAGGCAACAAAACGCUAAUAUAACGCUACAGCUUAAAGUGCAUAAGACAUUUUUAAUUGGCCAACCAAAUUGGAUUUAAUUGUGAACUGGAAAAAAGAGACAAAAACAAAUACAAACGCAGAUCAACAUUCAAAAAUUAUUUGGAAUUAAACAAUAAGAUAUAUAUAUAUAAAUACAUACAUACAAUUGAGAACAUAUAUAUAUGUAUAUAUUGAUGCCGGUUUUCUCUUGACAAGUUUGAUCCCGCACAUCAUCAUCAUCAUAAAAAUUAUUGUCCAAUAUGAAGGGAUGGUUCGAUGCAUUUCGAGAUGAUGGCGGACCUACGCUUUAUUCAUUCUCGAAUCGUACACCCGUGACUGGAGAUGUAUCCAUUGUGGCUGUAUCUGUACUAUUUGCCACAUUCUAUGUGGCAUUUUUGGUCAUAUUUCCGGGUGUAAGAAAACAGAAGUUCACAACAUUUUCGACAGUCACCCUGAGCCUUUUCGUGGGUCUAGUCAUUCUAAUCACCCGUUUGGGCUCUGCUUGGCAUGUGGCACAUGCAACAAUCAUUGCACCGUAUAAAGCCUUCUCACGCGAGAAGCUGCCGGCUCGGAUUGGCACCCACAUUGGCCUCAUGCAUGUCAAUGUGACGCUGACGGCCAUACCGAUUGGUAAUUGGACUCCACCUGACAUUGACUACAAUGAACGUUUCACCUGGGAGGGAGCAAACGAUAUGAGCGCCAAUUAUCGUCAUGCUCUGCAACGAGGUCUCCCGUUUCCUAUCCUCACAGUGGCCGAGUAUUUCAGUUUGGGCCGCGAGGGAUUCUCCUGGGGUGGCCAGUAUCGAGCAGCUGGUUAUUUUGCCAGCAUUAUGCUUUGGGCUUCGCUGGCCUCCUGGUUGUUAAUGAAUCUUCUGCUUAUUGCUGUGCCACGUUAUGGUGCCUAUAUGAAGGCAUUGACUGGAGCUUUGCUUGUCUGCACCACAGUGGGUUAUCACUGUUUGUUGCCAAAGCGACCGCUAUGCAUUUACUUGGAGGGCGGCAAGCUGGAAUUUCAUUUCGGUUGGUGCUACUGGCUGGUUCUAGUGGCGGGCAUUCUUUGCUUCAUUGUUGGUGUACUCAUCUCCAUCAUUGAUCUGGUCUGGCCGCAUACAUUCUCCACAGUCCUGGAGGUCUACUAUGGCACACCGUAUGAUCGUCAUGUCAUUUUAGAGGAAUCCAGCGAUGUGCGCUAUCGUAAGCCUCGCAAUACACGUAACUUGGAAGAACCACCUGGUCUGGGCUCUCGCAUUUUGCGCCGCUUGAGUUCUAAGGUCGCUCGUGACAUGCAGCCAGCAACAGGAGCAGCUGCAUCAGUGCCCAGACGUGGCAGUCCAGCUGGUGUCUCGAGCAGUGGGGUGGAGAAUAAAGCCUUCCAAGGUGAUGUCCCCAAGAGUCCUUGGCGUUAUCCUUUCAGGCGUUCACAGCAGCAGCAGCAACUGACUCAGUCACAGUAUCAGCAACAUCCGCUGCAGCAGCAACCACAUCAUCAUCAGCAGCAAUUGCAAUUUGUUGGCGGUCCUGUGAUUCAGCAUCCUAUGCAUCAUAUGCAGCGCACAAUGUCACAGGAUUCUGGUUCCAGCAUUGCUUCGGCUGCUGUGCAAAUUUCACCGCUACAUAAACACGCUCUGGCCAGAAUGUUGCCUAAUCCACCCGUAGAGCGAAUUCGUGACAUGGAUCACUGGUAAUGCCAUUUAGAUAACCCAUAAGAAUACUUAAUAACUUCAACUACAACUUGACAAUAACAUUAACAUAGAAACAAAACAAAAAACUUAACUACAAAACGCUACAAAAAACAAUUUGUGAUAAUUUCCUAAAAAAAAAAAACAAACAAAAAUGGUAAACAAAUUCUACAAUUGACAAAAAUCGACUAAUUUUACCUGACGUACUUAUAAAAUUAAAUAAAAUCAGCUAACUUUAAUUAAAUUAUUUCUUAGAUUUAAGUUAACCCCAAAAUUGAUGUAAAACAAAAAUACAAAAAAUACGUUCUUAGUGAUGUUCACUUGUGAUAAGUUAGACACAGAAGCGUUAUCUUUAGUUUAAAUGAUUAAAAUUAUUAGCGAAACAAUUGCAACGAGUUAUGAAACAAAAAAACAAACAAAAACUAUUAUCAUUAGACUAUUAUUGAGUUUCUCUUACCAUUAUGAUGUAAUUUAUGUAUUUUAUGUGUGUUUAAACAAAAACGAAUUCAAUGCCAAUUUAUGUAAUUUUAUUUAAGUAAAUCCUGAAAAAAAAUGUAAAACUUAAUGUAAGAUCAAUUAGUUUAAUAAGUUCUGACAAUGCUUAAAUUAUCAUUAUACAAUGACGACUUGAAAUUAAAGUUGUUUCAUAUAAA